AAGAACGUUUCAGAAGAAUUUUGGAAUGCGGCAACAACGAUAAAUACACAAUAUUUCGGACCGGUGUCGUCAAAUGUGAAUUUACACGGUAGAGAGAUAAUAUACUGAAACGCAAGUUCAAUCGGAACAGGAAAAAAACACGCGGUUGCAUCUACAAAAUUGUUCGAAAGUGUUAUACGAAAACAAAAAAAAAUCUUAUAAGUUUAUAUUUUCCAAUAAGAAAACGGAAAACAUUUUGCAAGUGUUGGUCAAGGCGAAAAGAAAAUCAAAAUUUUUCAUCCAACAAGUUCACGUAAUAAAUUCAAUUCUAUUUGUAUUGUACCCAUGCAAUUGUGGUGGUCAUUGGCCAACGGUCAGUCAGGCAGUCAGUCAGAGUAAUUGCAGAACAACAAUAGCGCCUAGCACUGUUUAAAGAGGCAAAAGAGAACCGCGAGGAAAAGAAUAACAUUUCCUUCCUACCAUUUUGGUGUUGUUAUUGUCGUUGGGGUCACAGAAAUCGACGUCAACGUGUGGGGUGAGGUCAUCAUUAUUUUCUGGCUACCGUAACGUGAUUUUGUAUUUCUGUUGGCCGAUAUCUUUGGUACCUUCCCAUACACUCAUACAUACAUUUGGAAUAAUUAAAGUGACUUCAGAACGUCGCAGAAAUAAAACCGAAAAAAAACGUCAAGUCAUUGAAUAAAUCCAUAUUCAUGGUUCCCUCUUAAUAGAAAAAAUAUUUGAAAGGUAGUAACUAAACCAUCAGUCAUUAAUAUACACUACACCAGCAAUAACACAACAUCCAGGGGCCUUCAGAAGAAAUUCCUAUUGGUUACUUUUGUUUUUGUUGAGAAAAAAGAAAAUAUUCUUGAGUUUGAAGUGCAAAUAAUAUUGUGAAAUUCCAAGACAUCCGAAAUUUGGCUGUCAUCUAUCUAGUUUUGCAAAGGCGGAAGAUUACAAAAUUUAAAAACAGUCACUGAUAUUUUUGGUGUACAGGAAGUUGGUCUUGUUUUGUUUUUUAAUUUCCUACAUUUUAUAUUUACGCAAUGGGUCUAUUAAGUGAAGGCAGCCCUCUGUCGUGGGAAGAGACCAAAGCUUUGGCCCAACAUGUUCGAGAACAUGGCAUACAGCAGUUCAUAAAUCUCUAUCAUCGUUUGAAAGAUCGUCAGGGAGACGUCUUGAAAUGGGGAGAUGAAGUGGAAUAUGUUAUUGUGAAAUUCGAUGAACAAAAUCGGGUGGCACGUGUCUCCCUCAAAGCCCAAAGUCUAUUGGCAAAACUAAAUGAAAAAGAAAUGGCCGAUCCCCAAGGUGUUAAGUCGCUGUGGCGUCCGGAAUACGGUGCCUACAUGAUUGAGGGUACUCCCGGCAAACCAUUUGGUGGUCUAAUGGCCCAUUUUAAUUUGGUCGAGGCCAACAUGCGUUAUCGCCGCCAAGAGGUCACCGAACUUUUGGACAAGGAUGAAUGUGUUAUGUCCAUUACGAAUUUCCCCAGAUUGGGUUGUCCUGAAUUUACACAUCCCAUCUACAAUCCAAAUCCCGAGGAUCCCAAUGGUUCAGCCAAAUCCCUCUAUUUUCCCGAUGAGGCCAUCUUUCCCGGUCAUCCACGUUUCAAAACUCUGACACGCAACAUACGCAUGCGCAGAGGCGAAAAGGUGGCCAUCAAACUAAAAGUAUUCAAGGAUGAAAACACAAAAUUACCCGUUGAAGGUAGUCCCGUCAACGAACCAGAUGUAGUAUUACUAGACGCUAUGGGUUUUGGCAUGGGUUGCUGUUGUCUACAGUUAACAUUCCAAGCAUGCAAUAUAACCGAGGCUCGUACCUUGUACGAUCAAUUGGCUCCGCUGUGUCCAAUUAUGUUGGCCCUCACGGCUGCUUCUCCCAUUUAUCGAGGCUAUUUAACCGAAUCUGAUUGUCGCUGGAACGUCAUCAGUUCAUCGGUGGAUUGUCGCACCCAAGAAGAAAGAGGCCUUAAACCAUUGAAAGAGAAUAAAUUCCGUAUUGCAAAGUCUCGUUAUGAUUCCAUCGAUUCAUAUCUAUCGCCCGAGGGUGACCAAUACAACGAUGUCCCGCUGACCUAUGACCAGCAAGUCUAUGAAAAUCUUCUUGAUGGUGGCAUCGAUCACUUGUUGGCCCAACAUGUGGCCCAUCUGUUCAUACGCGACACGGUGUCAUUGUUCAGCGAAAAGGUCCAUCAAAACGAUGAAGAGGAUACCGAUCAUUUUGAAAAUAUCCAAUCGACCAAUUGGCAAACUAUGCGUUUCAAGCCACCACCACCAAACUCCUCGAUUGGAUGGCGUGUUGAAUUCCGGCCAUGUGAAGCUCAAAUUAGUGAUUUUGAAAAUGCCGCCCUGGUAUGUUUUGUGGUAUUGCUGACACGGGUCAUAUUGUCGUAUCAGUUGAAUUUCCUCAUACCCAUCAGCAAGGUGGACGAGAAUAUGCAGAGGGCCCAGAAACGUGAUGCUUGCCGCAAAGAGAAAUUUUGGUUCCGCAAAAAUGUACGCAAGACGCAGAAGACAAAUGGCUAUACAAAUGGCUCGGCGGCAAAUGGUGCCAAUGGAGCAGCAGUUCAUCAAAAUGGCAGUGUCGUCACCACAAAUGGUACAGAAGCUAAUAAUGGUGAGGCUAAAAUGCAGAUUGGUGGUACAAAUGGCUAUCAUCACAACAGCGAUCUGGAGGAUGAAUAUGAGCUGAUGUCUAUUGGGGAAAUAUUCAAUGGCAAAGCUGAUGGUUUUCCCGGUUUGGUGCCUCUAAUACGCAGUUACUUACAAUCGAUGGAAGUCGAUACAGAUACUCACUGCACCAUUGAACAAUAUUUGCGUUUUAUUGAACGACGAGCCUCCGGGGAAUUGGUGACAACGGCCACCUGGAUGAGAGAGCAGGUCUUGAAACAUCCUGACUAUAAAAAAGAUUCCAUUGUUAGCGAUAGCAUUAAUUAUGAUAUUCUUAAGAAAAUCGAGGCCAUACAAAAAGGCAAUCUUAUUGAGCCAACUUUACUUGGCCAAGGCAAUCAUACAAAAACAAAAGAUUUCAUACCAAUGGCCAUACAGAAACAUUUGAAUGUUUGUUGUGAAAGCAUAUGACCAAAUGUAGGUGAUAGUUUUAAAUAUGGUAACGACAAGAAACACUAUGAUGAUGAGGAUGUUGAUGAUGCUGACAAAGACGACGACGACGACGUAGCGGAAGGUGAUAACUGUGAUGGAAAAACAAAUGAAGCAACAAGUAGCCAGUAGUAGUAAAACGUAAUACAAAUAGCAAAGGCAAUAUUGCCAUAAAACAAAAUGAUGCUAGAAAAACAAAAAAGAAAAACCCCAAAACUGGACAGCAACGACGUUUAAACAGAGAAUACAUUAGGAAAAUGCAAGAAGAAACUGCUGGAAAACAAGAUAAAAUGUUAAAUGUUGUUUUGGCCUGGCCUGUUUGUGAUGAGCGCACAUAAAAAGCAAAAGACGGAUAGCACACCAAAUUUAUUUUGGCUUCAGCUGACUAUAACUGUUAUUUUAAAUUAAAUGAAAUAUCAGUUAAGGCUAACCAGGAGGGAUAGGAGGUACAGUGGUGAAGUUGGAAACAAAGCCAAGCGUCUUCUGUUUGGUUUUUUUGUUUUUCUCUACUUUGGAAGCUCCUCCCUAAGCUUGGAAUCAGCAAAUGUACGAACUGCAUAUAGUCUUGAUAGGCUAAUAAUUGGUGAUGAGAGGACGUUGCAAACUUUCCUUCACAAAAGUGAUCAAUUGAUUGAAAUUUGAAUGCAAGCGGCGGCAGCAGCAACAAGGAUGGGAUUUAUGUUAUAGUUAUACAAAUACAUAUAUAUUCUUAUAUACACAUACAUAAUUGCUGCAUACAUACAUAUAUACUAGUUAUUAAUUUUUUAUUAUUUGUUAAAUUAUUUCAUAGAAAAAAAAAAAAACAACCAACAACAGGAUACGAUGAAACAAACAAACAUUUAAAACCUUUUAAACAUUAAGUGUUUAUUUAUUUACUUAAAAACAAAACACAAACCAACAAUAAAAUAUAAUUCCUAUAUAAAUUAUAUAUUUUUAACACAAUGUCACACGAAUACGUAUAACCAAGAAAAACAAACAAAAAAACUUUAAUAAAAACAAAAUUGAACUUAUGAACAAACUUGAUAAAUCAAAACAAAAACAAGUAAGCAAAGGCUACAGUCGAGCGGGGCCGACCGUUGAAUACCCUACAACACUACAAUAAACGAUAAAGUUUAUAUAGGCGAGAUACUCGAAAGAAUUCCACAAGAUAUUGUGACAAAUAAUAAAAGAAAACCAUCAGGUUUUGUUCUCUAAUUUUCGAAUAAUAGCAACUUAAACUAAUUUGCUCAUUUCCAAUUUAUUGGUAGAUGUUGCACUUAAAUGGCUUCCUAGAUCCGGAACAAAUAUUACCCAAAAACCUAUAAUCUCCCAGAAGUGGCAAAAGAUUAACAUUUAUUAUUGGUUUCUGACUGAAACGCAUCUAUAUGAGAUACAGACAUUUGAUUAUAUUCUUCAACGAAAUCAGCGUUAACGAAAUAGUCAGAAGUGCGUCUUUCCUGUAUUUGAGAUUUCCAAAAAAGUCACCGUAAUGGACAUUUUCGUACUUUGUCUACAAAAGUUGGCAAACUAUUUCACACAUUGAAUAUUUUUGGAUGGCCAUUCAAAUGUGCCUGAGGAUCGGGCGAUAAUUACGACCUGCUGACAAUUUUGCAGUUUUUUGGUCCAUUUCAACCCCUAAAUAUAUGGCGAUCAUCUCCAAAAAGAGUAGGCUUCUAUUCUGACCCUCAUCUUAUCUGCAUGCAAAAUUUCGUAAGGAUCGGGCCAUAAAUGCGAUCUGUAUAUGACAUCCUGAUAUCCUAACUACUUAGUUUUGUUAGCUGUAGAAAUAUUACCAAAUGUUUAAUUCCAAAUGAAAAUAUGCCAAAAAUAUGACAAAAUUGAAAAAAAUAUGAGAAAAUUUUACAAAAUCAAUAUUUUCAUCUUUAGAGAGAUACUUUUAUGCGAUUUUUUUAGACGUUUUUUCUUUCCUGCCAAGAGGCCAUUCUGAAUUAAUAAGAAUUGUCGAAAUCAGUUCUGCCGUUCUCGACAUAUAAGAGAUCUUUCAAGUAUAUCUUCUUUGAUAGACAUAUAUAUCGCACAUAUUUAGCUAUAUAUCCGAUUUGUUGGAUGUCAACAUCAAUGUAAAGGUCAGAAGUAACCUUGUCAUGGCUUCGUGAUUUCGCCGGGAUUUAAAAUAUUCACGGUUAAAUGAAAAAUUUUGAUUUUUUUUCAACACAAAAGAUAUGGUCUAUUUUACCUAGAUAUUAUCCGAUGACCACCCAAAUUAGUAGGCUUCUUCCCCGCCCUAAACUCUAUCUACAUGCGAAAUUUCGCGUCGAUUGGUCUAUAAUUGUGACCUGUAUAGCUACUGCAAAAUCCGACAUUUUUUCAGUAUUUGGUCCAUUUCAACCCCUAAACAUUUGGCGAUCAUCUCCAAAAGCAAUAGGGUUCUAUUCUGGUCCAAACCCCACCUACAUUCUAAAUUUCGUGAGAUCGGGCCAUAAUUGCGACCUGUAGAGUGAUUACAAAUUAACAUGGACAGACGGACAGACGGACGGACGGACAUACAUAGCUAGAUCGACUCAGCUCGGCGAGCUAGGAAGAUCCAUAUAUACUUUCCUAUGUGGGAAAUCAAUAUUUCGAGGUGUUACAUAAUUUUUGGGCCAAUCAAACUUAUAAUACCCUCAACACAUAGUGUUGUAGGGUAUAACAACAAUAACUAAAAAAAAACACAAAUUAAAAACUGAGCAAAAAAUCAUUGUAAACAAAAUCUAAAUAAAAUUUGUACAAAUGAAUAAAAGCAACAAAACUA